CCUGUUUAUAUGUUAGGGACCUACACAUUCUCUUCUCUUCACUCCCUCUCUCUUUUACCUUUUGAAUAUUUUUUUCAUAGAAAAGGUAUUAGCUAUGGGAAGAGCUCCUUGCUGUGACAAAAAUGGGCUGAAGAAGGGGCCUUGGACUCUAGAAGAAGAUCAGAAACUCAUGGAUUACAUACAGAGAAAUGGUUACGGAAAUUGGAGAACUCUUCCAAAGAAUGCUGGUCUGCAAAGAUGCGGAAAGAGUUGCCGAUUGCGGUGGACUAAUUACCUCCGGCCAGAUAUCAAGAGAGGAAAAUUCUCCUUCGAGGAAGAAGAAACCAUCAUCCAGCUUCAUUGUAUCCUCGGCAACAAAUGGUCGGCGAUCGCAAGCAGACUACCGGGCAGAACUGACAACGAGAUAAAGAACUAUUGGAACACGCAUAUUAGAAAGCGGCUGCUGCGUAUGGGAAUCGACCCCAUAACUCACAGCCCCCACCUCGACCUCCUUGACCUCUCAACCCUCCUAAACUACUCCUCUCUCUACGCUCAACAACACCACCACUCCAAAAUCGACUUUUCCAGAUUAAUAGGAACGCAACCUUUGUUCAAUCCAGAAUUAAUAAGGUUAGCAUCUUCCUUGCUUUCCUCAGACCGUCGAAACCAGCAGGCCUUUCUCAUGACUCAAAAUCAACUAAAUACAAACUGCAACGAUCAAGUUUCUCCAACAACGUCUACCACACUCUAUAAUCAGAAUCGGAAUCUGGACGGAUUUGCCGACUCGCAGCAAAACGAAAGUUCGGUUUUUUUGCCGGAAGAUUAUUCUCAGCCGGCUAACUAUGGGUAUUACGGGUCGGAUCAGUCGGUUGUGGAUACUUCGACGUUUCAGACUAACUGCAGCAGCGACAACUUGAGCUUCCAAUCCGUUUUGUCCAACAUCUAAUCGCCAUCGUCGAGCCCACGCCGUUGAAUUCCGGUUCGACUUACAAUAUGACCGGCGGCGGCAGCACGGAAGAUGAGAGGGAAAGUUAUUGCAGCGAUAUGUUAAAAUUUGAGAUUCCGGUGGAUAUUUUGGAUGUCGCCGAUUUCAUCUAAACUUUUACCAUCAUUGCGAAGUGAUGUGGACAUUUUUCUUUUUCUUUUCUUUUUAUUUAGGUUUCUCAAGUUCCAUGCUUCUUGUAAAUUAGUAUCUGUUCAAGUUUAACUUGUACUUCAGUUAAAUUUUUCUAGUGCUCGGCAUUAGCCAACACUUGUUUCAUAAUUUAUAUCUCACACAGUUACUAUUAUAUAAUGCGAUUUCAGUUUCUUUUCUGGC